CUCCAGCAACCCUGUGACCCCAAAAGGAAAACAGCAGGUUAGUAUAAUGGAUGGUUUGACCUUUCAUUUUUUUUUUUUUUUUUUGCAGUAAAUCACUUUUUGUGCAGCUCGGACCCAGCAGAUUUUCAAGACUAUGGACCUGUGACAAUGGACUCUGAAUCAUGAUGCGAUCCCGCCUAUGAAAGGAUCAACUCAGUUUUGGGAUUUAUGCUCAAACUUUUUAAGAGUUCACUAACUGUUGCAGUAACCCACUAAAGUAUGCAAGUUAAAGUUUGCACAAAACACACAAUGUCAAUGUUUUAAGGGAUACGUCUUCAUUGUCUUUAACCAGCAUUUAGAUAACAAUUAAAUUUGUUUUUACAGCAAGUAAAUCACAGCAUUGCUCUCCGUGGAUCAAAUUAGUGGAAUUAAUAGGAUAUUUCACAUUAGCUCUCUCAUUAUGAGGUAUAAGGUUUUCUCAGGAGAUCAGAGAUAUGUUUUUUAUGUAAGCAGCUCAGAUUUCAGGCUACAUGCUCACUGUUUUUGGUGGGAAGCAUCACAGUUGGCUGCAGCUGUUUAACAACUGGAGAUAUUUUUAUUUUAACAGUUUUCAACUUUACACUUCUUGGAGACUUAAAGCCACAAAUAAAACCUUUCUUUCAGACUAAUAAGGGUUUUGCAGCGACUGCUGAUUUUAACUAUGUCUUUUCUCCGGACGGCUUUGAACAGCUCCGUCAUCAUUCAUCCUCCAGGCUUCUACAUCAUCGGAUUUGAGUCUUUACCAUCUGUCAACAUCUACUUCAUCUUUCUAGCAUUUGUUUAUGUGGUUACAGUGCUGUUUAACGGUUUGCUGAUUAUUGUUGUGGUUAUUAAUCCAUCCUUACACACUCCAAAAUUUCUGGCUGUCAUCAACCUUGCAGUGAUUGAUUUAUGUCUAAACACUUGCACUAUUCCUGGUAUGAUAAAGAUAUUUUUGGUUAAAGAUAAUUUUAUCCCAUUCAACUUGUGUUUGGUGCAAAUGUUUAUUUAUUAUGCAUUUGCAUCAUUAGAGUCUUACGCCCUCACUAUACUUGCUUAUGACAGGUUGGUGGCUAUUUGUUUCCCUUUGCGCCAAAACUCCAUCAACACAAUGCGCAGCAUGUGCUGCAUCAUCACCUUUACCUGGUCAAUUUCUUUGGGGGUCAUGAGCUACAUCACAAAUUUGGUAACAAAACUGUCAUUUUGUAACUCUGUCAGGGUGUUUAGUUAUUUUUGUGACUAUGCACCCGUGUUCAGGCUUGCCUGUAAUGAUUAUUCAAUGCAGUGGUUUGCAGGUUCCUUUUUGAGCAUGCUGACCCUUGCAGGGCCUUUUGCUUUCAUAGUGCUGUCAUACGUCAGCAUCCUGGUGACUGUGUUCAGAAUGAAGACUUUAGAUCGGCGCCUAAAAGCACUGGCUACUUGUGUGGAACACAUCAUCAUUGUUGCAAUCUUUUUUAUUCCUCUUCUUGUCAUUUUCACAAUUGGCUACCAUUUGGGAGCAGUUAACCCAGAUCAUAGAGUUCUAAGUCUGUCGAUGGCCUCUUGCCUUCCACCUUGCAUUAAUCCUAUUGUAUAUUCUUUGAAAACUAAAGAGAUCAAAACCCGAGCACUGACGCUUAUUAAAAAAAAUACUAUUAUUCCGACUAAAUCUUUGAGAACAAUCGUGGGGUUAAAAACACAGAAGUAAUCACAUAUCCUGGAUUGAAAUGUACUUGUUUUAUGUUUGAUCUAUUCAUUUAGUUAAAAAUUUAUUUUUCCAAG